AUGGCGGAGUCAGGCGGUCGUCAGGCAGCUCGCGACCCGGAAGUUGCCGCAGGCGCGAGGCCCCCGUUGCCGAGAGCGGGCGCGCGGGGCGGGGCUUGGCGAAGACGGGGAAGGGGUCGCCGGCGCUCCGGCUCUGGGAGUCGGCGGCUCCCUCAGGCGCUGCGACGCGGACGUAGAGCCUGGAGGGCGGGUGGCUGUGGUUCCCGGGGGGCACGCUCAGCUUCGGGCGGAGGCGACAUGAGUGCUGCGGGGCUUUUGGCGCCUGCUCCGGCCCCGGCUGGAGCGCCGCCGGCCCCGGAGUACUACCCGGAGGAGGACGAAGAACUGGAGAGCGCCGAGGAUGACGAGCGCAGCUGCCGGGGCCGCGAGUCGGACGAAGACACUGAGGAUGCUAGUGAAACUGACCUGGCAAAGCAUGAUGAAGAAGACUAUGUAGAAAUGAAGGAACAGAUGUAUCAGGAUAAACUGGCUUCUCUCAAGAGACAGUUGCAACAACUGCAGGAAGGUACAUUACAAGAAUAUCAGAAGAGGAUGAAGAAGUUAGAUCAGCAGUACAAAGAGAGGAUACGAAAUGCAGAGCUCUUCCUCCAGCUGGAAACGGAACAAGUGGAAAGAAAUUACAUCAAAGAAAAGAAGGCGGCAGUGAAAGAAUUUGAAGACAAGAAGGUUGAGUUGAAAGAGAACUUAAUUGCUGAGCUAGAGGAAAAGAAGAAAAUGAUUGAAAAUGAAAAGCUAACGAUGGAACUGACUGGAGACUCCAUGGAAGUGAAGCCCAUCAUGACCAGAAAGUUGCGGAGGCGACCGAAUGAUCCUGUCCCCAUCCCAGACAAGAGGAGGAAACCUGCUCCUGCCCAGCUCAACUAUUUGUUAACAGAUGAGCAGAUCAUGGAGGAUCUGAGAACGUUAAAUAAGCUGAAGUCACCCAAGAGACCAGCAUCCCCAUCCUCUCCUGAACACUUGCCCACCACCCCUGCAGAGUCUCCAGCCCAGAGAUUUGAAGCUCGGAUAGAAGACGGCAAACUGUACUACGAUAAAAGAUGGUACCAUAAGAGCCAAGCCAUCUAUCUGGAGUCGAAGGACAACCAGAAACUGAGCUGCGUGAUCAGCUCUGUCGGAGCCAACGAAAUCUGGGUGAGGAAGACAAGCGACAGCACCAAGAUGAGGAUUUACUUGGGCCAGCUUCAGCGUGGGCUCUUCGUGAUCCGCCGGAGGUCAGCGGCUUGAUGUUCUCCAGUAUUCUUCUUCCCUCGACCCCUUUUCUGGAAUGGUUUUUGGUUUUGUCUUGUUUUCUUAAUAGAAAAUUUUUAACUUGGGAAUGGCUCCUUGGCCUUGGCAGACGGAGAACACUGUGGUGGAUUCUGCAAGGCACUCUCGUGGCCAGCCCCGUCCCGCCUUGCAUCAUUCUUUCCCUGCGCCAACUUCUUCUAGUCGU